GGGAGUCUCGGUUUGUGGCGGUUUCGAUGAGGCGGUUGUGGCCGCAAUACCGUUAGCAGCUCAAUUUCCCCGAGGCUCUAAGGCCCUUUGAGGCGAAAUGGCUCCGGGCGAGGAAGGAGCAGGCGGUGGCAAUGGAAGGGCCGCCGCGGCCACAGGCUGACCGUAGGGAGGGAUCCUGAGGGCCCUCCAGGAAUCCCGCUUUCUUUCUUUGCCGCCACCGAGCCUACCGCGAUAAUGAGCUCGGCCUCGGUCACCGCUUUCGAGAAGGAGCAUCUCUGGAUGUAUCUGCAGGCGCUCGGCUUCGAACCAGGCCCGGCGACCAUUGCUUGCGGAAAGAUCGUGUCGCACACGCACCUCGGAGUGUAAGGAGACCGAGGCCGGCGGGGCGAGGGAGGCUGAGCCGGAGGACGCCGGGGGACUCGCCCUUUUGUAGACCCCGGAGGUUGAUUAAUCACAGUUGGUUGAGCGGUUGCUUUGUGCCAGGAACUGGCUGCAAAGUUCCUACUCCCAGUUGCCGCCAGCCUUGGGGCAGAGACAGACAGUAAAUAAUGGAAGAGUGCCGGAAGCGCUCUGCUGGGGAGUGCGAAAGUCAGCAGAUGGGCUGAGUGCAAAACUGGAGGGGCAGCUGAACUCGGCCUCGGUGGUGGAGGGACGGUCUGUGGAGUAGUCGGAGGGAUGGCGCGUGGUAGUGGAAGAACAUGGAAACCAUAACGGAGUCUUGCUGUGUCGCCUAGGCUGGAGUGAAGUGUCGCGAUUUCAGCUCCCUACAACCUCCGCCUCCUGGGUUCAAGCAGUUCUCCUGAGUAGCUGGAAUUACAGGUGCCCGCCACCACGGCUGGCUAAUUUUUGAACAUGUUUGACAAGCUGAACCGUGAUGCCUUUCAUAUAGUUUCUUAUUUUUUGUUUGAAAUACUGGACCAGUCUCUCACCAAAGAAGUUUUCAAAUUUUGUUGGCCCCCAUUUGACCAAAAAAGUGAUACUGAAUUCCGAAAACAUUGCUAUGAAUGGAUAAAAAGGAUUUCUGGUGAAUGUGGAAGUAGCUUUCCUCAAGUUGUUGGUUCACUAUUUCUUUCUCCUGGUGGUCCUAAGUUUAUUCAUCUGAUGUAUCAUUUUGCAAGAUUUGUUGCGAUGAAAUAUAUUAAAUCCAGUUCUAAAAAUUCUUCUCAUCGUUUUGCAGAGACAUUUAACUUAAAACCACAGGACUUGCACAAAUGCAUUGCCAGAUGCCAUUUAGCACGUAGCAGAUUUUUACAAAUUUUACAAAGAGAAGAUUGUGUUACCCAAAAAUAUCAGGAAAAUGCACAAUUAUUAGUUAAGCAUGUACGAAACUUGAGAUCUGAAUGUGUAGGACUGGAAAACCAAAUAAAGAAAAUGGAACCCUAUGAUGACCACAGUAAUAUAGAAGAAAAAAUUCAAAAGGUUCGAUCUUUGUGGUCUUCAGUGAAUGAAACACUCGUGUUUUUGGAAAAAGAGAGAGAAAUUGUUAGUUCGGUUCUUAGUCUUGUUAACCAAUAUGCUUUAGAUGGAACUAAUGUUGCUAUUAAUAUUCCAAGGCUCUUACUUGACAAAAUUGAGAAACAAAUGUUUCAGUUGCACAUAGGAAAUGUUUAUGAGGCUGGAAAAUUAAACCUCUUAACAGUUAUUCAGUUAUUGAAUGAAGUCUUGAAAGUAAUGAAAUAUGAAAGUUGUCAGUCUGACCAAGCAGGAUUGACAGUAGACCUUCACUACCUUGAAAAAGAGACCAAAUUUCAGAAGGAAAGAUUAUCAGAUCUGAAGCAUAUGAGGUAUAGAAUAAAAGAUGAUCUCACAACUAUAAGACAUUCUGUUGUUGAAAAGCAGGGAGAAUGGCAUAAAAAGUGGAAAGAAUUUCUUGGUUUGUCUCCUUUCAGUCUAAUUAAAAGUUGGACUCCAUCUGUAGAUCUUUUACCACCAAUGUCUCCCCUUUCAUUUGAUCCUGCCUCAGAAGAAGUGUAUGCAAAGAGUGUUCUUUGUCAGUAUCCUGCUUCACUUCCAGAUACACAUAAGCAACAUAAUCAAGAAAAUGGUUGUAGAGGAGACAGCGAUACCAUGGGAGCUCUACAUGAUCUAGCCAACAGCCCUGCCUCUUUCUUGUUGCAGUCAGUUUUGCCAUCAGAUAGGAACAAUGUUACACUACUUGAAAAGGACACAAAGAUGAGAACUCCCAAAGAAAAAAACGAAGCAAUUUCUAAGAAGACACCAGAAUUUGAAGUGGAAAAUUCUCCAUUAUCAGCUAUUGCAAAGAAUACAGAGAGUAGUGCAUUUGGAGGUUCUCUGCCAACUAAAAUAAGUGAUUCAUUUAAAAAAGAGCAAGAUCAUCUGGUAGAAGAGGUUGCCAGAGCAGUUUUAUCUGAUGCACCACAGUUCUCUGAAGGAAAAGAAAUAAAAUUAGAGGAACUAAUUGACUCUCUGGGUUCUAACCCCUUCUUAACAAGGAAUCAGAUUCCCCGCACUCCAGAAAACUUGAUAAAUGAAAUUAGGAGUUCAUGGAGAAAAGCUAUUGAAAUAGAAGAAAACAGAACUACAGAACCAAUUCAAAUGGAUACUGAGCAUAGAGAAGUAUUGCCAGAAUCACCGUCUGUGUGGCAUGAUCAAAGAGAAUUUAGCAUGGCCGAUUUUCUCUUUGACACCACUGUAUCAGAUUUUGGCCAGUCUCAUUCGACUGAAGAGAAAGAUGUUUCAGAUUGCAAGUGUGUGCCUCAGAAACGUGUCGUGACCAGUCACAUAGAUGAACCACUAACACAAAAUCAGUCAGGUUUGUUAAAUAAGAAAGUAAUUUGCAAGCAAGAUUUGGAAUGUAUAGCCUUAACCAAGCUUUCAGAAACUAGCCAAAUGGAGACACUCUACCCUGCUGUCGGCCACAGGAUAGAUGUGAUGCGUGGCAGUGAAGAGGAGUAUACUAAAACGCUGGACCACUUGCAAGCUUCUUGUAACAAGCCUUCCACAAAUAAAACUGCCUUGUGGAACUCUUUUCAGAUAUCAAGUGGAAUUAGUUCUGAGAGUUUUAAAGAUACUGAUUUUGGCAUAUUACAUGAAACUCUUCCGGAAGAAGGUUGUCACCUAAGUUUUAAUAGUUCCAGUAGUUCAGAGGCCAAUUUUAAACUGGAGCCAAAUAGUCCUAUGCGUGGUGGCAUUCUUCUAGAACAUGUUGUGGAAAGGAGACAGACUACUCCAGAAUCAGACUUCAAUAUUCAGGCUCUUUGCAGUAGAUAUGAGGCUCUAAAGAAAUCGCUUUCCAAGAAAAGGGAAGAAUCUUACCUCUGGAAUCCCCUAACACCUGAAAGACACAAACCAGUAUUGAGUCCUACUACCCAAAAUGUACAAACAGAGGAUAUGCUUAACUUUUUGGACCCCCAUGAUUUGCGUACUGACCAUACAAAGCCAUCAUUACGCAUGUCCAUUGGUGAAAGAAAACAGUCUCUUUCACCACUAAUUAAGUUUUCUCCAGUGGAACAAAGAUUGAGGACCACAAUAUCAUGUAGUCUUGGAGAACUACCUAAUUUAAAAGAGUCGGUGUUUCACCAUGUUGGCCAGGCAGAUCUCGAACUCCUGACCUCAAGUGAUCUACCUGCCUCGGCCUCCCAAAGUGCUGGGAUUACAGAAGAAGACAUUUUGAAUAAGUGCCUUGAUGCAAAAGAACCUCCAUCUGACUUGACAAGUUGAAGACAUACCUAUUUAAUAUGACUAUGAUGCACUUAAAUGGAAGCUAUGCCACGGGAUAGAAACUGAUUUAUAACUUAAAGACAUGUUGGAAGUGUAGCAGUGUUUUUCAAGGUUUAAAAAAAAUUCCAAAUGCCUUUUAGCCUUCUUUAAUAUUUUUAGGUAAGGAAAGUAUGUUUGGAUUUUUUCUUUUUGUAGGUGUAUGAGAUUGAAAUGUGAAGUAUUUGGAAAGCAAAUGUCAAGCAAUGGGAAGUCAUUUUGAUUUCUUGAGUAAUCUCGUAAGCAUUAUGCAUAAAUGAUAACAUACUAGUGUAAUUCUUAUAACUUAAGUCAGUUAAUAUAAGGAUGAGUAGUUUUUGUUGUAUGUUCACUGAGUAGUUAGUAGCCAUUGAAUAUACUAAUCUUUUACUGUUUCUUUGUGGAACAUUCUGGCUAACCAGAAAAAAGUGAGAAAAGUAGUGCCUUGGGAUGUGUAGUCAAGAUGACAAAUUUUAAGACUGGAAAAGCUCUAAACAGGCUUCAUGAUUAUUGAAGUGGAAUGAUCCCAAGUAGUGAUGUUUAGUAGAAUAAAGUGCACGUGAUUAUUAAGUGAAGACUGGGGCGGAAUGAUUUUAAAAAAGGAAAAAGAUGGAAGAAGAUGAGUAGACACUUGCAAGGAACACUGUCAAACUAUAAAUCCAUCCAGUGGGUUGUAUAACAUUUAUGUUUAGUCUAAUUUAGACUUCAAUAAUUUAAUCCUAGUUUAAUAUUUUAACAAAAAAUAUAAAUUAAAAUUUUCAUUAGUCCGUUUUAUUGUUGUUGGGUUUUUUUGAGGUACCCCCUGUUGGGGGAGAGGAACAAGGAACAAUCAUCAAAAUUCCUCAGUCCCUACAGAAUAGCCUCACAAGAACUUGAGAAAACGGAACUUGGAGUUAAAUACCUUGUCACGCUGGUACAGUCUCCUACCUCAUUACUUCAGAUGCCUUGCCCGGAAAAAGACUUGUGUCUAGCAUCUAAGUGAACACAUACUGUCGCCCUCUGUAAACCAGGAGGAAUGGAUCAGGCACUGGAAGGGUGAUCUUACCUACAGUGCCCUUCGUAGACCCCAUCUCACAACCAUCAAAAUCUUGUCCACACUAGCCCCCAAGGAACUGGCAAGGAGAGAAGGUGGAGGGGAAAUUUAUGGAAGUAGGUGGCUUAACAGUCAUCUUUCUUCACUUAUCUUGGGCUACCUGUCUCUAAGUUGUCCCGUCCCAGUGUGAAGACUCAUCUUUUUGUGAGAAAAGACAGAAGAAAGCACUUGUAACUGCCUUCUUUGUAAUGGAAAAGGAGGAAGAAAAAGCUUCAUGAACUAAGUUGUGUCUUUUAUUAAUACAACAAAUCAGGGACUCUGCAGGUCUCUGGGGAAACUAUUCUUUAGUUUGCUUUAAGAAAACUGAGGAUCUGAAAAUCUUAGCAUGUAAGGCUGUCUUAACAGCAUCUGCAGAAGUGCGAUGGCCAUUGCUAGACACUUAAUGUGCAUGAUUUCACUUAAUUAUAUUUUAAAUAUGCUUCCCUGGUAAUUCUUAAGCUCAACAAAGAGUGAGAACUGCUGCUAGGAAAUAGAGAUUCACAUUUAACCCUGUGGUACUUUUAAGAAGCAGGUACAUAGUUGCAUAUAUGCUUCGGUAGAGAUUGUUAGCCAUCAGUAGGGAAGCUCAAUUUCGCCAGUCAAGUCUGAGAAGCCCCUAAUUACUGAGAAUCAAAAGAGCAGAAUGUCUGUAGACAUUUUAGAUUUGUUUUAAAAAAAAUGUUAAGUGUGUUAUACCUGUGAUAGGCUGAAAGUUUUUGACAUUCUUUCCUGUUCUUCAUGUGCCAGUACCAUAAACAAAAAUUAUCUCACAUGUAUCACUUUCUUCUCCUAAACCACUGUGAUUGCAGCUUUUUGCCUUCAGCCUUUUCCCUGUGCAGUAUCUCCUGCAUAGUUGCCUUGUGAUCUUAAGGAACUGUUUUGAUUGGGUCACUUCCUUGCUUAAAAUUCCAUUAAUGGUUCAUUGUUAAUUCUAGAAUUGAGUCCAAAUUUAAAGACAUGUAAGAUCCCUAUAAUGAAUUUUGUCUAUUCCCCCUUCCACUGUAAUCUCCCAUUUUUUAACUGAACUGCUUUAGUGAGCAUGGGUCUUUAGAAACCUUGAUUUACAAUUCUCCUGGGGCAGGAAUACCUUGCCUUCCUCUCCUGGCUUACCACAAUUACAACUCUGAUUUCGGUCUCAGAACAAAUCUGACUUCCACCUUGAAGUCUUAAUCUAUGCUUUUUAUAUCCAUGUGCCUCCUCCUCCUCUGAAAUCUUCUAUGAUUUGUCUUUUUAUUCAUUUAAUAUUCCACUACUUUUACUAUUUUUUUUUUAUGGUUGCAUGUGGUCUCUCUAGUUAUAGCAGUGCAUACAUAAAUACAUAUACACCUAUGUAAAUGUGUGUUGGGUAUAUGCAUUCACACACAUACAUAUACCCCAAGGGCCAUGUGUCAUCUUUAGCAAUAUUUAAGUAUUGGAAUUGUUUUGUUUGCUUCCUAUAUCAUGGAAUAAAUGGUAAAGAGGGCUAAGUUAUUGCUGUAAGUGUAUUUCUCAUUACAUUAACAUUAGACAUUAUAUAGAACGCAUUUCAUUUUAUUCACUAUUUGUAAGAUACAAAGGUGUAUAAACUGACUUCUACAUCAGCUUGAAAACCUGAGAUAAUGCUAAAAUGUUUUAGUUAUUUUAAGUGUUUAAAGAGGGAAGUGUAUAAUAUUGCUAAACAUGAAAAAUGUUAUCAAGUAGAAUAAAAAAUAGUUGAAGUUAACAUUUGGGGAAAAUUUAACAAAACAAAAAUACAAGUAUUUUGAAACCUUUUCUUUACUGUAAGUCUCUUGACUUUGAAGUCAAAUUUAUCUAAAGGAAAAACGGGAAUUCUGGAGACCUGUAUGAAAGCUAUUAUUUUCCUACUCUUGAAUGUACUAAAGUAAAUGUUUCUUUUGUAUUAUGUUGCAGAUACAUAGUUACUCUGGAAGUGACUUUUUCCUUAUGCACUGUGAAUAGCAACUCUGCAUCCUAUCUUUAAAAUAUUUGAGAAUCCUCUAUAGGGCUCUUAUGUUUUAAAUACUGUUGUUUUCAAUAAAUAUUUUAUAUUA